GUCUAUUGUUAAUCACACUGCGCACAAUAUAAAAUUCUUCCCUAGUCCUUCACAGUUCGACAGUGCAACUGACAUUUGACAGAUAGAUUUAAAAAUUAAUUGACCAAAAAUUACUGUUUUCAAACAAACAUCGAAAUUUUAACUGCAUGAUAUUUUCAAAAGUUGCAAAAAUGACACCGGAUAUAAUUGCAAUUGGUUCUCAAAAAAUAAAAAGUAUUCCAGGUGGAGAGUCUGUGGAGCUGAAAACUUUAUGGCAGGAUCAAAACGUAGCUAUUAUUUUCUUUCGUCGUUGGGGUUGUUUGUUCUGCAGAUUAUGGGCGAAGGAGUUGGGUGAAAUCGCUCCGAUUCUUAAGAAAAAUAAUAUAAAACUCGUCGGCAUCGGUGUUGAGGAAGCGGGUUCCAAGGAGUUUAUCGAUGGAAAAUUUUUCGACGAUGAAUUAUUCUGCGUUGAAGAUCGAUCGACAUAUCAAAUGCUUGGUUUCAAAAGAUUCAAUGUCGUCACGAUAUUGACGUCGCUCUUAUGGAAGCAGUCCAGAGACGCGAUCUCAAAAGGGAAAAGUAUGGGCUUAGGUGGGGAUUUGAAGGGCGAUUGGGUGCAGACCGGCGGCGCGUUGUUCGUUGAAAAGGGCGGGAAUGUUAUCCGCCAUUUUGCUCAGACCGGACCGAGUGAUCAUUUGCCGAAUGAAGAAAUAUUAAAGCUAUUCGGCUUGGAGAACGAGUAUAACGCUGAAACGAUGGCCAAUAAGAAGCGGGAAGAGAUGGAGUGCAAUACAGAGGCGAAACCCUAAGCCGUGGCGGCAGAUUCUAGCGGAGUGCCCUCUUACGCCUAUUCAUAAUAUAUGGGCCGAGAGGCGCUGUAAGCAGAGUAAAGUGUAGGACAACUCUCUAUUGUUUAAUUUUAAUAAUAUCUCUCUUAUGGUCAUUUGUGGGUAUUUCAGUAAAUAUCGUUUUUCCUAGCACGGCCUUAGUCUAUUCAAUAGUAAUUCUGUUAUCAAACGACUUUGGUUCAAAUAUCUUAAAGAACUGUGACUUGUUACAUUGUUAAACUAUAACACAAGCGGGAGUUAUUCCCGAUUAAUAAGAUAUUCGAGCAACCAUUCGUUUUGUUUACGAAUGGUAGAAUUAUCUAAGGCGUUUAUUCAAAGGUAACAAAAGACGUUUCGUAAUUAUCGAAUUUGCAUGUACAGUGGCUACGACGACAUAAUAGACGCUAUGGUAACAACUGUGCGAUUGUAAUGAGCGCACGAGGUGGACGCGGGGUAGCUGGAAGGAGGGGGGGGGCAUCUCGCAUUCCAGUUGUACUUGAUAUAUCGACGCAUAGAAAUUACUUCAACGACUGGUUACUCGUGAAAACGAUCGAAUGUUGUCAAUAACGAUCCGUCAAAUGUAUUCUACGUAAGAUAACUGGCAACACAAGAACUUUUGGAACCCAUUGGAUGACUAUAAUGUUUUUUUUUAAUGUUUAAAAUCGUACACGUAUCCAAUUAUAAAAUUUAACACGCCUGGUCGUGUGCCGAAGAGCGACUGUAAAGAUUGUUGCAUUAUUGAAUAACAAAGAAUAUUUGUAAUUUUUUAAAAAGUUAUACGACUCCAAUGAUUUUUAAUUAAUUAAUAGUUUUAUAUUAAAUUGUUUAUUAUGUAUAUACAUUAUUUAAAAAAAGUGUUAAACUCUGAGACUGAAUGUAUGUUUCUUGGCUAGAUGCAAUAUUCGGUUUUAAUUAAAAUAAAAAUAGUGCACAGAUAAAUAUAAAAUUGUUUAUUCUAUAUCGAAAAUAAUGUAAUAACAGAUUAUACAGUAUUAAAUAUAAAAUUAUUCGUUAAUUAAAUAUUAAUGUAAAAUCUGUUAGUAAAAGACUGGAAUCAAAUCCUAAAGGAUUUGUAUUGUUUUAGAGGUUUAUAAUGAUUGUGUAGAGGUGGAAUGUUAUUUGUAGUAUUAAAAAUAUAUUAAUAUUUAUCUAAAUUAGGGUGAGAUUUUACUUUGUUACAGUUUUAUAUACCUACGAAAAAAAUAAUAAAAUGAUUUUAUAUU